CUUUUCCAGCGCCAACACUUGACGACCACCACCACGACCGGCCGGUCUCCUCCUGUCGUUCACAAUGCUACGCACCGCCCCCCGGAUAAUUGCCCGCCACAGCGCCCUGCGUGCCGCGCCGCCCGCUCGCCGCUUUAUCAGCACCGCGCCGCCGGCGCAGAAGAGCCGCAGCUGGAAGAGCCUGGUAGGCAGGCUGGGAAUUGCAGGCGCCAUCAUCUACUACUACAACACAACCGAUCUGUCCGAGGUUGUCGCCGCCGAUGCCCGCGCCGCCGCGCCACACUUGGCCACUGCCGAAAGCGAUGCCUCGCUGCCCACCAUCGAGUCCAUUUCCGCCGCGCGCGCUGAGCGGAGGGCCGUCCAGGCACAAUUGGAGGCGCAGCGGUUGAAGGAGGAGGAGGCUGCUGCGGCACAACAACCCGAGUCCAGCGGUGAAGCAGGAGACAUCCAGGGCCUCGAGGAGCAGGCGGACCAGCAGGGCGCAUUCAACCCCGAGACGGGCGAAAUCAACUGGGACUGCCCUUGUUUGGGGGGCAUGGCUACGGGACCAUGCGGCGAGGAGUUCAAGGCCGCGUUCAGCUGCUUUGUGUACAGCAAGGAGGAGCCGAAGGGGUUGGAUUGCAUUGAGCGGUUCAAGGACAUGCAGGGCUGCUUCCGCCAGUACCCCGAGAUCUAUGGCGCGGAGAUCGACGACGAUGGCGACGACGACGACGUUGAUGUGACCGCCGACGACGUGGUCCCCGCCGCGCAGAACGCGCCUGCGCUGUCCGGCGAGAAAGGCACAGCCGUCGCUGACGAGGCCGAGACGCCGAUCAAGACGGAGAGCAAGAAGGAGAGCAAGACACCAAGCAAGGACGGCCCGCAUUCGCCAGACAAGGUCGCGGAAAACAGGCGCGAGCUUGGCCUGGUUCCCGAGAACUACCGACCGGCGGAGAAGGAGGCUGAGGACGAGAGCGUGGUGCCGAAGGCUGCGCACGAUGGGCGGUAGACGUCAUGAGGUAGAACUGGAACUGGGACUGGAACUGGAACGAGAGCACGAGCACGAACACGAGCACGAGACGAUGAAAAGAAGAAGUCCAUGUACCAUACCGCGCUUCGAUGUAAAAGGAGCACGUAGAAAAGGUCGCGCCACCCUCCAUCUCGUAGAGGCUCUUGUAGCACUUGGUAUUAUAUGUACAACACUCUGUUCUGGAUACUCAAUAUACAUCACCUUUCAUCAACACAGCAGAGGAACAAACGUUGUGACGUUACGUCAAGCUCAAUCUGAUUACAGUAUGUCAGGGGUAAGUAGUCGAUGUGUUACAAGACUUCGCAGCAGCCAGCUGUCAGCAAGACAUAACCUAUAGAGGUAUACAAAAUAUUUCAGCUUUAAUGUUAGCACUUGAUUGUUUAGUCUAGUGUGCUUCACUGUUACUUGCAGAGAGGUGCUGCUAGAAGAAGAAUAUUUUAGGAUCUACAUUGA